AUGUCGGCGCAAAAAAGCAUCCUCAAUGUAGUUAUGGGUGCGAUGACCUUCGGAGCGGAAGGUCAAGAGGGCGCCAGAGUCCAUGAUAUCAAAGAUGUCGAAGCCAUUCUAGACGUAUUUCAAGCACAUGGACAUACCGAGGUUGACACCGCAAGGGUAUACGCCGGAGGUACGAGCGAAGAAUAUCUUGGUAAAGUCGACCAUAAGGGACGCGGCUUGAAGAUCGAGACGAAGCUUAUACCUUGGAGGUCGCAUGGAUUCUCUCAUGAUCCGGAGGGGUUACGAGAGCAUCUUUUGGCAUCCAAAAAGGCCCUCAAUAUCGACACUCUCGAGAUUUGGUACCUGCACGCGCCUGACAGAACCGUUCCAUAUGAAGUCACAAUGAAGGCAGUGGAUGAGCUCUUCAAGGAGGGACAUUUCAAACGCUUCGGGAUCAGUAAUUACGCUGCAUGGGAAGUAGCUGAGAUUGUAGGCAUAUGCAAAGCAAAUGGGUAUAUUCUGCCCACAGUAUAUCAAGGGAUCUAUAACGCCAUCCAUCGUAAUGUAGAACCGGAACUCUUCCCGUGCCUCAGAAAAUUCGGCAUUGCUUUCUAUGAAUUCAAUCCUCUCGCCGGUGGUCUCUUCACCGACAGAUACCUCAGUCCUGACGGGCAACCGGAGAAAGGGUCACGAUUCGAUCCGGAGAGAACUCAAGGCAAGAAAGUCGCAGACGCCCACAAAUUGACUCUUGCAGAGAUUUCUUUACGCUGGGUUUCCAACCAUAGUCUCAUGAAACGUGAACAUGGCGACGCUAUCUUGAUAGGCGCGUCUAGCUUGAAGCAUAUCGAGCAGAAUUUGGUCGACCUUGAGAAAGGACCGCUGCCUGAGGACGUCGUGAAGGCGUUGGAUGAUGCUUGGUUCACAGUAAAGCCUUAUGCGACCAAGUACUUCCAUUAA